UGGUUGUCGAUAUUAAAAAUUUACAAGAACAAGAGUCAAGAAGUGAUCGUGAUCGUGAUGUUUACAAAUUUAUAGUGUCUACAACGGCCACUUAAAACUUGAAAGUGAUUCUCCAUUAUUAAUCUAGUUAGGGUAUUGUAAAUAUCAAUACCUCAUAAAAUACGUUGGGACUUAAGCUUAAUUAAUGAAAUACUAAGUUACUAUGUAUGUAACUCUGUCAAUUUGUGUGGUGAUAAUAAACUGUAUCAAUGUGAAUUCAACUUUGCAAGCUUCUAGGUUAUAGUGUACGUCACCUUAUUCUAAAAAUUCUCAUUACAGAUUUAAGGUUUAAUUAAUUGAAAUAUUUCAAAAAUGAGUACUUUCCCAGUGCCAAAGUGUCCUAGUGAAUUAUGUUUUAGUAGCAACGAUUUCACCAGGGAAAGCUUUUCGGUAGACCAUUUUCUACAAGAACAUAGGAACAAAGCCAAUUUAGAACGAAUGCGCGAUGAUCUAGGAGUUUACUUGAAAGUACUGAGAUCAGCAAUGAUUGAUCUUAUCAACAAAGACUACACAGAUUUUGUGAACCUGUCCACAAAUCUAACGGGGCUUGAUAAAGCAAUCGAUAACAUUCAAACACCAUUGGGACAACUUAAAGACGAACUUACGCAGGUGCAGCUGAACGUGAACGAGGCGAUGGCUGAAGUCACGUCACUGCUGGAGAAACGGAGAAAAAUUGAAGAGCAGAAAUGCGUGCUGGCGAGUGCCAUCAAGGUGAACAGCUGGCUGAGAAAACUGACCCAACUGCUGAUUGCAGCUGACAGCUGUUUCGCUGUCUUACAGCGAGCUGUUGCCGACUACAGCCAGAUCAAGUUCCAUAUUGUCCGCUGCCAGAAGCUUCUCACGCCUUCUGAUAAACUGAAAUGUGAUCAGCUUGGACAGAAACUCACCAACAUGAUUGACCAGCGAUUCAUUUCAUGCUUGAUAGACCAGCAAUACCACAAUUUACCUACCCUGCUAGGCAUGUAUCUGACGUUAGGCAGAAUAUCGGACGCCGAACAGCUGUAUCGCAGGGACGUGGUUGCACCAGCCAUGGCUAAACUAAUCAACGAAGAAGCGCUCGCUGGACAGCCGAGGGGAUUGCAGGGUCUCUACCACUCUAUUAUCUCGUUCGUCGAAGAGGACAUGAGGCCACUGCUCGCUCUCACUACUGCGUCGUCUAAUAGAUCGUCACCACCAAUAAAAGGAUUUCAAUUUAUUGUGAAGAGCUGUUGGCCCGAGGUUGAGGAGCGUCUUGAAAUGAAUCUAACGUCCAUCUUUGCUCCUGGUAAUCCAGAACUCUUUUUCCAGAGAUACACUGAAUCAUUGAAGUUCCUAUCCAAGCUGGAAGAAUGCUGUUCAAAUCCUGAAACAGUGCAUUUAUUGAAAAAUCAUGCAAGUUAUUCCAGUUUUAUGCAUCGAUGGAAUUUGCCUGUCUACUUCCAAAUAAGAUUCCAAGAAAUAGCGGGGAAACUGGAGUAUGUUAUCGAUGAGAAUGAAAGUGACUUGAGAAAGCCAAAAAACAAAGACAGUUGCUUCCAGUUGACUGUGACAGAAACGGCGUGGGAGUGUUUGCAACAGUGCUGGGCCGAAAAAGUGUUCAUUCCUCAGCUGGCUCAUAGGUUUUGGAAGCUGAGUCUGCAGGUACUAGCUCGCUAUUAUGUAUGGAGUGGCCAUUUCAUUAAUAAGAAACUCCCGAAUCCUUCUGAUGAGGAUAUCGAUAACCUGGUAAGACUUUACGCCGACUUGGAGACGUUGUGUAGAAAGUUGCCUGAAUUCCUUUCAACAGUCAACAGCCUGUUCUCUAAUCAUUUCACCUUAUCUAACAAGAUGAAGGAAAAUUUGAAAAGUAGUGUGGACGAGUGCUCCACUCAGCUGUCGGCUCAGCUGACAUCGGCAGGCGACAGAGUGACGCAGCAGCUGAGCUGCGCAUGCGCACACGGCCUGCGCCAGGUGAGCGAAGUGCCGCGCCUGUUCCGGCGCACCAACAGACAGGCGCCCAGCCAGCCGCUGCCCUACGUUGCCCAGGUGCUGGCACCUGCCGCCAGGUUCCAUCGGGCGCACAGCGGCUCACUGCGCCAACCGCAGCUCGGCCUCUGGCUCAGGGCUGUUGUCAAUGACCUCACCAAGCAAUACUACAGUUGCGUUUGCUCUGUGCUGACUUCGGUGCAGAAAACAGAGGAAAGCCUGCGGCGGCUGAAGAAGAUAAGGGAGCGCAGCAGUAGUGGCACUGCCGCAGCCGCAGACGACCGAAACGCCGGUCGUGACGACCACAAAAUACGCAUGCAACUGCAUCUCGACGUCAACAGCUUUUGCCAGCAGGUUGAAUCACUUGACAUUAAGCGACAUGAAAUCGACCAGCUGCAAAGCCUUCUCAAUCUAGUUCAGACAGUUCAAGCCAAACCAACUACUGAUGUCAAAUAGUAGUAAAAAGUCUAUCUUUCAAUAAUUUUGUUAAAUCUUAGUUGAGCUAAACAAAUUUUUUCUCUCUGAGGAUGAAACUCACAUGAGCUCUAGCAUAGGCUUGUGUGUAGAUAAUGAUGAUAAGAGAUGAAUGGACCUACAGCUUUAGGUGGGUUCCGAACUACCGGGAACGUGAGAAGCAAUUUAAAUACUCGUAAAUGGUAUUUAGAAGAGUUCGGCUUUUAGAGUGGUCACCCUUAGAACGGUCAUAUGUACAUCAAAUUGCCUCUGCUCUAGUGGUCUUUGUCCUGCAGAAUUUGAAAACCUUGCAGAUGUGACUAAGAAAAAUUGUGGGACUUAUACUUGCAUUGAUCUUAUUCUACAUUACUAGUUCUUUAUGCAGAUGUAAAUUAAUGAGAGAUUGCAUUGUCAGAAUUUGAUUUGGAUUUUCGAAUAGGUACCGUAUACCGUAUAAUUCUUUAUAGGUCACUAGAAGAUUUUAUAUAAUAUGAUUCGAUUUCACAAAAAUACUUAGAGAAAGGCUACACUGUCAUUGUGAUAAAGAAUACAUUUACAUUGGAAUUUGAUGGGAAAACAUUAUUCAAUGUUGAUGUUGGUCUCAAAAACUAAGAAUAGGAACAUCU